AUGUCAAUUGCAUUUUCUCAUCGAAAUGGCCCAAGGGAGGAAACACCCAACGAAAAAUACGCACUCUUCAGUCAAAGAAGGGAAAGAAGUGGUCAAGCGGCAAAUCGAAUGCAUUCAACCAAGCUAACACGUGAGGAAAUAUUGUGCUAUUAAUUUUAGCAGAGUGGGUUUAGUGGAGAAAGACCUCCCAGCAAAGAAAAAUGGAGGAAGCAGUCAGUAAACAAGAGGUUAAGCCUUUGUUGAUGAGAUUGUACAAAAAAACAUCCAGUUCUGUGAGAGCAGAGGACCAAGCGUACCACAAAAUCAAAUCACUCAUUGGGGACGACCUACAGAGAGUUCAGAUCGAGACAUGUUACUAUGUCCAGUUCACAACAGAUGAGUCGGCCAUCGAUAUAGAGACUUACUCCCGCUUAGUGUGGAUACUGAGUACACCUUUCCAGAAUAAUGAUGUCACCAAAACAAGUGCUUUUGAACAAGCUAGUGGAAAUACAAAACUGAUAGAAAUUGGUCCAAGGUUGAACUUUUCUACACCUUUCUCCACAAAUGCUGUAUCAAUCUGUCAAUCAGCAGGAAUCAAGGACGUCAAGAGAAUCGAGUUCUCCACCCGAUAUCUUCUGACAUUUUCUGACGAUUUCAACUUGGAUGGGGAUGAAGAACAGAAGGUUGUUAACAGCAUUCACGACAGGAUGACACAGUGUCGUUAUAUGACCCCUGUGGAAACCUUUGACCUUGAGGUCAAAUCAGAGGAAGUGUAUGAAAUUGAUGUUAUGGGAGAAGGGAGACGAGCAUUGGAGAAAGCAAAUGAAAAACAAGGUCUGGCCUUUGAUGACUGGGAUUUGGACUACUACACACAGCUGUUCAAGGAGAAAAUAAAGAGGAAUCCCACAAAUGUAGAGUGCUUUGAUUUGGCCCAGUCCAACAGUGAACACAGCCGCCAUUGGUUUUUCCGAGGCCGACUAGAGGUUGAUGGGAAGGAACAUCCGGUGUCUCUGUUCAAAAUGAUAAUGGAGACCCAAGAACACUCCAAUCCUAACAAUGUCAUCAAAUUCUCGGAUAACAGCAGUGCCAUAGAAGGAUAUGAGACAGCAGUACUGGUUCCUCAAGAUCCUACUUCCCCUAGUGCCAUAACGGAGAUAGAUGGAGUGAAACGCCAUAUUAUCUUCACAGCUGAGACACACAACUUCCCAACUGGUGUGGCCCCAUUUCCCGGAGCUACCACAGGUACAGGGGGCAGAAUCCGGGAUGUACAGAGUGCGGGAAAAGGAGCCCAUGUGGUGGCCGGGACGGCUGGAUACAGCUUCGGCAAUCUCAAUAUACCAGGAUAUGUUCAGCCAUGGGAGGACCAAUCCUAUGUUUACCCUGGAAACUUUGCAUCACCCCUAAAUAUAGCAAUAGAAGCCAGUAAUGGGGCUUCAGAUUACGGGAACAAGUUUGGAGAACCAGUUUUGGCAGGGUUUUCUCGAUCAUAUGGCCUGACAGGUUGUACUGGAGAGAGAAGAGAAUACAUCAAGCCCAUUAUGUUCAGUGGUGGAAUUGGUCAGCUGGAGGACACCCAUGUGAAGAAGGAAACACCUGUGCCAGGAAUGUUGGUGACAAAAGUAGGAGGACCAGUUUACAGGAUUGGGGUAGGGGGAGGGGCUGCCUCCUCUGUGCAGGUCCAGGGGGACAACAAAGAGGAGCUGGACUUUGGAGCUGUCCAGAGAGGUGAUCCAGAGAUGGAACAGAAACUGAAUCGUGUCAUCAGGGCCUGUAUUGAGAGGAGGGAGAAGAAUCCCAUUGCCAGCAUUCAUGAUCAGGGUGCUGGUGGUAAUGGUAAUGUGCUGAAAGAGAUAGCAGAACCAGCAGGUGCCCUGAUCCAGGCUUCCAAGUUCCAGCUAGGGGACCCCACCCUCAGUGUCCUGGAGCUGUGGGGAGCAGAGUACCAGGAGAGCAAUGCUAUUCUUAUCAGUGCUCACGAUCAGGGCGUUGUCCAGAAGAUUGCGGACAGAGAGAGAUGUCCGGUUAACUUUGUAGGGACCAUCACUGGGGAUGGGAGGAUUAAGUUAGAGGCUUUUAAAAAAGAAGGAUCAGAGUUUGUCUCUUCACCCGCAAAGAAAAGGAAGACGAGGUCAUUGGAUUUCCCUGUGGACCUUGAGCUGGAACAUGUGCUGGGAUCUAUGCCAAGAAAGGUGUUCAAGCUUCAGAAGAUUGUACCGAGUCUACAUGGCCUGUCCUUACCUGAGGAUCUGGAGGUCAGGGGGGCCCUAGAGAGGGUCCUCAGACUACCCUCUGUGGCCAGCAAGAGGUACCUAACUAACAAGGUGGACAGGAGUGUGACAGGCUUAGUUGCCCAGCAGCAGUGUGUAGGUCCUCUUCAUACACCCCUAGCAGAUGUGGCAGUAACUGCACUGAGUUACUUGGAUAAGGUUGGUUCAUGCACUGCAAUAGGAGAGCAGCCAAUCAAAGGCCUGAUAAGCCAGGCCUGUGGAGCUCGAAUGUCGGUUGGGGAGGCCCUCACCAACCUUGUAUUCGCCAAAGUGACAGACAUCAAGGAUAUAAAGUGCAGUGGUAACUGGAUGUGGCCGGCUAAACUGCCAGGAGAGGGCGCCACUCUGCUGGAGGCAUGCUCAGCCAUGUGUGACGUCAUGAAAAGCCUUGGGAUUGCCGUGGAUGGUGGGAAGGAUUCGUUGAGCAUGGCAGCGAGGGUAGGAGAGAAGACGGUCAAAUCCCCAGGUACUCUGGUGAUAUCGGCCUAUGCUGCCUGUCCAGAUAUUACAAUGACUGUGACCCCUGACCUCAAAUGCCCUGAUAACAAAGGUUGUUUGCUGAUGGUGGACCUUGGAGGUGGGUGUCGUCGACUGGGAGGCUCUGCCCUCGCUCAAUGUUACAAACAGUUAGGGGACCAGAGUCCUGAUCUGGAUCAGCCAGAUGUUUUCAGGAAAGCCUUCAAUGUUACACAGAAACUAAUUGGAGAACGGAGGGUGUCAGCUGGACAUGAUAUCAGUGAUGGAGGCCUCAUCACAGCCAUACUGGAAAUGGCUUUUGCUGGAAAUUGUGGAGUCAACAUCAAUUUGGAGUUUGACCAAGAAGAUCACAAAGCCAUUGAAGUUUUGUUCUCAGAAGAGCUUGGUUUAAUUUUGGAGGUGCCAUAUAGCGAGAGUACAAAUGUACUCGGAGAAUACUCAGCACAGGAUGUUCCCUGCUAUUUGAUUGGUCACUCAAUCAAAAGCAGUACCCCCUCCGACUCCUUGAUUAAUGUCUCUAUCAAAGGGAACGAGGUGUUGAAAGAAAAGAUGACUGUUUUGAGAGAUGUUUGGGAAGAGACAAGCUUUCAGUUAGAGCGCUAUCAAACAAAUCCCAAGUGUGUCACUCAAGAACAAGCUGGUCUCAAAGAGAGGCUAGAGCCUCAAUAUCAUGUGCCAUUUGAAUCUGAGAUAAUAUCUUUCACACCGAAAGGUAGAAAUACGAGGCGACCACGUCCAAAAGUAGCAGUCCUCAGGGAAGAGGGCAGUAACUCUGACCGGGAGAUGGCAGCAGUGUUACACAUGGCCGGCUUUGAGGUGUGGGACAUUAAUAUGGAAGACCUGUGUACGGAGCGCAUUAAUCUAGACCAGUUCAGGGGACUAGUUUUUGUGGGAGGAUUCAGCUAUGCUGAUGUCUGUGGAUCUGCUAAAGGGUGGGCAGCCACUGCAUUAUUUAACCAUAAAGUCCAGGAACAGCUGCUGAAGUUUAAGGAGCGGGACGACACGUUCAGUCUGGGGGUGUGUAACGGCUGCCAACUGAUGGCUCUUCUAGGCUGGGUGGCUCCUGAUGAGGAUCUAAAAGUAGAAAACAGCAACAGUGGAGUUGGACAAGGACUCUUCCUGGAUCACAAUCUAUCCGAGCGUUUCGAGUGCAGCUUCACUACAGUCAAGAUCUUGGACAGUCCAGCCAUCAUGUUCAAAGGAAUGGAGGAUACAGAGUUUGGCAUGUGGAGUGCACAUGGAGAAGGACGAAUGGUGUUCCGUUCCGAAGAGAUUUAUCAGGAUGUGUGUAGAGACAAACUUGUAGCUGUAAAGUAUGUUGACGAUCAAGGCAAACCUACAGAGACCUAUCCCUUCAAUCCUAAUGGCUCUCGGGAUGGGAUAGCUGCCUUGUGUUCAGACGAUGGUAGACAUCUCGCUAUUAUGCCUCACCCCGAGCGAUGUUUCCUGCCCUGGCAGUGCGCAUGGAUGCCACAGGAAAUGAGGAAGAACUAUGACGUGUCGCCUUGGUAUAAAAUGUUCCAAAAUGCAUUUGACUGGUGCUUAGGACAGUCUUAGAAUGAACACUUAGUACUAGUGUGCAGUGUUUAAAAAAAACGGGUCAAAAUUAUUAAUGUAUUUGCAUGGACAUGUAAUUGAAUUGCAUGGAAUUUAAAUGAUAUUACUGAAGAAAGUUCAAUGAAUUUGGCAUAAUGUGUGGGUAUGUAUAAUUUACUGUUACAGUAACCAUGAGAAUUAAAAAUUGAAAAUUGAA